UUACGUCGGGUAAACGCGGGCGGCACACGGCACGGCAAGGCGGGACCAGCACACAGCGCGUCCCCGCUGUCGCGCGACGACGGCUGUCCCCCCUCGCUCCUCUUUCUUCUCCGCCUUGUCGUCGUCGUCUCCCCCUCGUCCUGCCUGCCACGCCAACGACGGAAUUAAACCCCACCCUGCCCACGACCACCACCAUCGUACAGAGUACCUUGGUUCGGUUUGGUUUUCCUCCGCCCCCCACCCAGCUGCCAGCCAGCCCCGCUUCGACUGGCCGGAGGCGGCUGCCCCCCGAUCGCGGAUCGGACGCGGCUGCCCGCCUGGACGCCUCCUUCUCAGGAACCAGAGGGAGAUAAGAAGAAGUAGACAAGGGAGGUCAUUAUGCGCCGGUGGUUUUGCUGCAGUCAGUUUCAUGCUCCAUAUCGUGAACAUGAACAUGAAUUUCCUUCCAGCCCAGAUGAGAAAGAAGGAAAUGGUUUUGCUUCCAAAAGUGAUCCAACAAAAGCACCUCCUCCGAUUGAAAUACCUGAAUUGUCACUUGAUGAACUGAAAGAAAAGACUGACAAUUUUGGGUCGAAGGCUUUGAUUGGUGAAGGAUCAUAUGGAAGAGUGUAUUAUGCUAUUCUGGACAGUGAAAAGCAUGUUGCAGUUAAAAAGCUUGAUACUUCAUCAGACCCUGAACCUGAUAAUGAAUUUUUGACACAGAUCUCAAUUGUGUCAAAAUUGAAGCAUGAAAAUUUUGUGGAAAUGCUUGGGUACUGUGUGGAAGGAAAUCAACGUCUGGUGGCAUAUGAAUUUGCUACAAUGGGUUCUUUACAUGACAUUUUGCAUGGAAGAAAAGGUGUCCCUGGUGCACAGCCUGGCCCAGCACUUGACUGGAUACAGCGGGUCAAAAUUGCCAUAGAUGCUGCUAAAGGGCUAGCGUAUCUUCAUGAGAAGGUUCAACCUUCGAUAGUCCAUCGGGACAUACGUUCUAGCAACAUCCUUCUAUUUGAGGACUAUAAAGCGAAGAUUGCAGAUUUUAAUCUUUCAAACCAGUCUCCUGAUAUGGCUGCUCGUUUGCAUUCCACCCGUGUCCUUGGAACCUUCGGCUAUCAUGCUCCUGAGUAUGCCAUGACUGGCCAGCUAACUCAGAAAAGUGACGUAUAUAGCUUUGGAGUUGUUCUUUUAGAGCUUCUAACAGGAAGGAAACCGGUAGAUCAUACAAUGCCUAGAGGUCAGCAGAGUUUAGUUACAUGGGCAACACCUCGUUUGACUGAGGAUACAGUGAAACAGUGUAUUGACCCAAGGUUGAAAGGCGAGUAUCCCCCAAAAGGCGUCGCCAAGCUUGCAGCGGUGGCGGCACUCUGUGUGCAAUACGAAUCCGAGUUUAGGCCCAGCAUGAGCAUUGUCGUCAAAGCGCUCUCUCCCCUUCUUCAGCAUAAACCGCAACCUCCACCAGCCAUUGCUCCUAACACAACGGCUUCAGACAUCUGACCUACCCAGUUCAAUAUGGAUGUAAAAAGAGAUGGCAUGCCCUCGUUGGUGCCGGUGCACGCCUCAUUUUACAGUACUGUCUCGUGCUUGUCAGUUGGUAACGACAUCGUGGGCCAAUAAUGCAUAAUCAGCAUGGCUUGAUCAGUACAUAGGUUGUCUCUGUAACCGCAAGACUCCCUUUCUCCUUCCUCACCGUGUGGUUUUGCCUGGUGCUGUGCUCUAUUGCAUUCAUUGGCUCGGUGGAGAAUGUGUUUUGUUGGUGACCACCUUAAUAAUCUUUUUCAGGGUUACACUGUAACAUGGGAACUUGGGGAGGUUGUUAUUGGUUCAUGGCUUGGUUUUGGGGGUUUACCCUUUUAUAAUUUGAGCUGGACCCCGUCGAUUGUGUAAUCUGUGAACGCGAAGCUUGGUGUGUGCUUGCUUGCAUAUGUGUGAGAUAUGAAAAUUGGCCACAUUCUUGUUCAUUUUGAA